CACAUUUUCCCAUCUAAUUCUGCCAUGGAAACAGAAGAUGCUUCCAGUGUAAGUGACGAUGAUACGGACAUAUCUCAGCUCUCUUCAAUAGUUUCUUCCGAGAGUUCUGAAUCUAUGGAUGAAUGGGAAGAUAUUGCUGAAGAAAGUGUUUUAGAAGAACCAACACUUCCAAAUGUUGAAAAUAUUCAAGACAUCCCUCAUGGUUAUACAAUUUGUUGGGACAAUGUUGGGAAGCAAGUGAAGGCCCGUCAUCAGACUCGCAACCAUGGAAACAAGUAUUUAAGUUGGGCACUUGCAUAUGUAGCAAAAACCGUGUACAAAGCAGCCACCUUAUUGAUAAAACUGUUAUACCGGCAACCGCUGUACCUUUGGAGAAGUAUUUUCUAGAAGAAGCCGAGAUUUUAAAGAUAAAGGACGCAUUAAUAAAUAGUGUGAUAGAGAUAUUAGUGAACCACGUUCCUCUUUUGUCUCAUCUCAAAACAAUGGUGACAGAAGAAGACCAUAAAUACAUAGAAGAAAGUAAACGAAAAAGUGAAAUAUUUAACAUAGGUGUUCUGCAAGAAAAUCCAUCUACAACAGCAGGAGUUAUAAACAUUUUAGAUAUGUUACACCGCUAUGUUCCCCAAAAUGAAGCUGACGGUACCCUAUAUCCAAUUAUUACAUGGGGAGAUGGAUUGUCAUGCGAACGUCAUGCUGAUGCACAAAACGCACGUGCCAAUGGAGCGACUCCACGUGAACGGCUAGAGGGACUGGAACCGUCACCACAGGAAUUUCAUAAGCGUAUGAUUUUAAUGCAGGAAACAAUGGAUACCUUGUUUGAUGGUAGAAGUGCACAGGAUAAAGGAACUCUCUUCUACCUCAAAAAUGUCUUUAAUCAGCGGUCUGUUUCAAAGACUGUUGCGGAGAGCUUUAACUACGUGAGCGACUUUCUUAAUUUUGUAACAAAGGGAUAUGUUCUUCUGUUUGGUAUGGACCAUCUAAAUAUGGAGAAUUUGGAUGACGAUAUUGCAUUGUUUGAUGGCAUGGAUGACAGCGAGCAGAGACAACAAUUGAAAAGCACAGCGAAGGAAAUAGUAGAGAAAGUAUGGUGUGGAACAACAAAGAUAGAAUCAAAUUUGGAGGAGUUAGCGGAAGAAGGGUUAUGUCACUGUAAAGAAGACUUAGACGAUUUCGAUGAACCUAUGAUUGAAUGUCAGAACAAUGACUGUGAAAAAGGCCAUUGGUUCCAUUACGUGUGCGUAGGAAUCGAUGAAGACAACAUACCUUCAGAUUGGUUCUGUUCGGAGGAAUGUCGGAAUGAUGUAAUUCACUACAAAUACUGUAUUUGCAAGAAAUACAUUAAAGAUGAGCCCAUGAUAGAAUGUUCGUAUCCAAAUUGUGAAGGACAAUGGUUUCAUGGUUGUUGCUUCGGAAUGACUGAGGACCAGUUUCCAGACACGAAAACAAGCUGGUAUUGUUCCAAAACGUGCAAGACUAAAGAUCGAGGGAAGAAACGGAAGAAGACACGUGAAGAAGAAGAAGGGCUCGAUAGAAAGUUCGAGUAUACGAAGAUAUUAGUAUGGAGAGGACUGAAUGAUAUGAUUAGAAGAAAGGCAGUUAGAUCUAAUAAUGGAGAGAUGAUGGUGUUAUUUUGGAAAAUGGACCUUCCAUUGUUUCAUAAUGGAAACCACACCAAGUAUUUCAUUCUAGGCCAUCGACUAAUUACAGCUCUAAACGGUUGGCUACCAGAGGGAUUGAGGUUUGACCUAACAUGGAAUAGGACUGUUAACCUGCACGGUGGCCGAAAUAGAAAUGAUGAAAUGGACUUGGUUAAUGAAUUUCUAAAUAGGGAAUUCAAAGAUAGUAUAAAGACGGCCGGAUCUAAAUAUUCAAAGGAAACUUUGGAUAGGCACGGAAGGCUUGCUGGUGGUCUCGGGACAGCCAUUCAGGAAAUAUAUAGUUCUUUGGUUGGUGGAUCUGGAGAAGGAAUCCAUACUAGAAAAGAAGACAGAAGACAAGAAGACCUCCGUCUUUUUACUCAUUUGCUUAGGCCAGAAAAACUGACUGUAAAAUGUCUUGGUCGGAGUCAUAAAGCUUUCCCAACAAUUGUAUCAAAUGAGUCCUGCAAAAAUGUUGAAAAGUUUAAAGAGAAAAUAAAAAAACAUCAGAAACGUCUAGACAAGAGACGUAAAGUAGCACUGAAUUAAAAUAACUGCUACUGGAGUUGACACACAUAAGGCGACACAUAAAAGACGUAUACUUGUUCACAUAUAUAUACAUAAAUAUGGAUAUAUGUAUAUCUCCCGACCUUUAUCGGUACCACUUGAAAUGAAAAAUGUCGAGUAUCUCGCUACAAAGAUGCUUCUCGUUAUGGACAUUUUAAUUUUUCACAAUGCCAUUUUAUAUGCAUACAUCGAAAAAUAAAGUCCCUAGCGAUAUUUGUUGGA